AUGUCGAGCCCAACCUCAUCAUCGUCAACCACCGCCAAGCCACCUCACAGGCUUAUCAUCAAACCUCUCUGCAAGCAGCUUACCAUCACUACCACCAUCAACGGUCGCAAACGUACCCUCAUCGACACUUCCGAUUCUCUCCAGCUCGCCGAAACCAAUUAUCCAAUCCGAUUCUACUUUCCUCGUGACGCUCUACAAUGGUCCUUCGCCCUCAAACCCAGCGACCACUCCCAGACGUACUGCCCCUUUAAGGGCUUUGCUCAGUACUACGACAUCGCUGAGGCUGGCUCGCGUGUCGAGCAGCUCAAUGCUGCCAUCUGGUCCUACUCCAACCCUUUCCCAACUAGCCACGCCGUCGCCAUCCGAGGCUACUUCUGCCUGGCAGCUCCCAACGACCAAUUUCAAGUCCAGCUCGACGGCCGCAACAUUACCCAACAAGAAGCCCGCUCUAUCAACGAGCAGCUCCUUGCUGCAUUUCCCUCUGACGUAUCUUCUCCCUCGCUGCCUCGCGAGGUGAUGGAAGAGGCGCAAAGACCUCGCGCCCCCAAUCGCCCAUCUGGAGCCCGCCCGCCCGCCAUACAAUGCUCCGCCAGCACCAGCUCUAAUGCGCCACCCGAAUCCUUUCCCGUCGCACGUCUACUCGGCGGCGAGCUCGAGAUCGACUCGACCAACCCGCUGCUCGCUGACAUGCUCUAUCGCCUCGAUGACGAGGCCAGAGACCAAGAUCAACAUGACCGCUCAGGCCAAAGUCACAGCGCUGACAAUGCUACUGACACCUCCGAAGUCGCCAAUUCACCAGUCGUCGACGAUCACUUACUCUGGUUCAAGGACCAACCUUGGUAUCGCAGACCCUCGGAAAAAUGGCUACGUCCCUUCUCCCUUCUCAUCGCCAUGGCAGGCGGCAUGUGCAUGGGUCCGAAACUCGAGCUGCUCAACAUGUUUGUCUGCGAAGCUGUGCUUGGAGAUACCUACGUCGGAGCAGCCGACGUCAUCUCUCCGCUUCCGCCUACCAGCUCGGCCUUGGCACACACAACGCACGCCAACGCUGCGAUGCAACACGCUGUCCGUUGGCAAGGCUUUCAGCCUUGGCUCGGUAGAGACGCGAGCCAACCUGCCGAUACCCAUCCUGUUUCGAUCUACGUCGAUGCGAUCGAGCAACCUAACUCGACAGUCAUCCCCGUGCCACGACGCCCGAGUAAGGCAUGCUUUGCUAGUCCCGAGGUUCAAUCCUCGCUCGCUACUCUGCAGCUCCGCAUGACCUUGUCGAUGGGUAUUCUUGCCGCCCUUACGACCGGCUUUUGGUCUAAUCUCUCAUCCAGAAGGGGCCGUUUGCCCGUCUUGCGCAUCUCGAUGACUGGCAUCGUCUUUACAGAUCUUGUCAUGCUUACCGUGGCCCUUGUUCCUCGCUCCAAGCUGCCCUUUGGCUACAGCUUCCUCGUGCUCGGUACCACCGUCGAAGGUCUGCUGGGAGGGUACAGUGCAGCCAUCGCUGUACACCAAUCAUACAUCUCGGAUGUUACGCCGAGCGGUACUCGUGCCCACAUCUUUGCGCACUACAUGGGCAUCGUCUAUGCCGGCCUUGCGCUCGGCCCCACGUUGGGAGGUCUGCUAGUCAAGCACACAGCCAACCUGUUGGCGCCCUUCUGGUUCGCCCUUGCCAUACACUUGAUCUACAUGCUUGGCGUCUUCGCCUUGAUUCCGGAGAGCACGAGCAAGGACUUCCGUGCCAAGGCUCUGCUCGAGUAUAUAGAAUCGCGCGCAGAGAUCAAGCGAAAGGCGGACGAGCGCAGAACAGCCGAGCUUCAACCUCUCCUCCACACAUCUGAAUCGCAGAGAGGCCGCGAACCCGAAUCGAGGCCGUUCAGAAAGCGAGCUUGGAGGCGCGUCAAGGUCAUGUUCAUGAACAGCGUUCUCUACGCACCACUCGAGCCGCUCAGCUUCCUGUUGCCCAAAAAGGUCGUUGUUGACGACGAUCAAGAUGCGAUAGCAGAUCAAGCAGAACCUUCCUCGUCUGGCAUAAGCACUCCACGUACCUUUGUCAACGCUCUGGCACCACCCGAAGCUUCAGCGUCGCAUAUUUCUGUCUCGCGAAUACCACCAAAGACGCGCUAUGAUUACAACCUUUCGUUCCUCUCGCUCACCUAUUUCACCGAGACUUCCAUCUUUGGUAUCAUGUCGUUCAAGCUUCAGUACGCGCAAGAACAGUUUAUUUGGGGAUCGGCCGAGCUCGGCAUUUAUCUCACUUUCCUCAGCAUCACUCGUGUGCUAGCUCUCACUGCGGUGCUGCCUAUCGUCAUCAAGUUGCUCCAUCGUCCGGUCAAGGCACUGCGUCUGCCUCAGGACGGUCCGCCAGUCGAAGAGGAGCAAACUGUUGCGCCCGACUCGCGCCGCCACUCGACAUUGGACGACGACGGAAGGCCGCAUCGCAAAAUGAGUCUGUAUGGAGCCACUAGCCAAUCGACUGCUAUACUAUCGGACAACGCUGCAGACCAGCAAUCGCUUCCAGACGGUCAUGACGGCGAAGGAGAAUGGGAUGAGACGAAAAAGUCGGUCGAGGAGCUCUGGACUCUGCGCGCCAAACAUCUGCGUCUGAUCCACGAUAGCAAAUUCGACCUCAAGCUGGCUAAGAUCUCGAUGGUUGUCAAUACUAUCUCGUACGGUUUGUUGAUCUUUGCCAAGACGCCGCAACUGUUCUUCUUGGCCACGGCGGUGACUUCGUUGGGUGGAGGUGGUGGAGCGGCCAUGUCUUCGCUGGCACUGGCGUUGCUUCAAUCGCCUGCGGAUGCAGGCAAGCUCUUUGGCGCGUGGAGCAUCACAUCUGCCAUCUCAGGGACCGUUGUCGGUCCGAUUUUGUUUGCUGAAAGUUUCAGCGCACGACGAGCAGCUUUCCUCGGCGAUCUUGUCGUAG